UUCUCCUUGAACUUCUGUGGACCCUGUGAGAUAGACCACUUCUUCUGUGACCUCCCACCUGUCCUGGCACUUGCCUGUGGAGAUACAUCCCAAAAUGAGGCUGCCAUCUUUGUUGUAGUAGUCCUCUGCAUUUCUAGCCCAUUUUUGCUGAUCAUUUAUUCCUAUGUCAGAAUUCUGGUUGCAGUGCUGGUGAUGCCUUCACCUGAGGGACGCCAUAAAGCUCUCUCCACCUGUUCCUCCCACCUACUUGUAGUCACACUGUUCUAUGGCUCAGCAUCUAUUACUUACUUGAGGCCCAAAUCUAGCCACUUACCAGGAAUGGACAAACUCUUGGCCCUCUUCUACACAGCAGUGACAUCCAUGCUGAAUCCCAUCAUCUAUAGCUUAAGGAACAAGGAAGUAAAGGCAGCACUGAGAAGAACUCUGGGACUGAGGAAAGUUCUGGCAAUAAAUGGGUAA